AUGUCGAGAAUACAGCCAAUAUCUCCAACUAGUCCUGAAUUCAAAGGAAUCUUGGAACUCAAUAUUAUCUACGAAGCUGGUCUUGAUAGUGAAAGUAGACCAAUUUUAGUAUUAUGCGCAGACAACCUCCCAGACCCAAAGGCAAUCGACUACAACCUAAUUCUCGGAUUUAUCUUGGCAAGACUAGACGAAUUUGUCGAAAGUGAUUAUGUGCUUGUAUUUUUUUCAUCACCAGCAAAAUUCCGCCCUUCCUGGCUGUGGCUCUUACAAGCCUAUCGCUCUUUAGAUAGAAAAUACAAGAAAAACCUAAAAGCUCUUUAUGUACUUCAUCUCACAAAAGGCUAUCGUAUCAUUUUCAAUCUCGCAAAUAAGAUCACAAGCCCAAAGUUUGCCAAGAAGCUGCAUUAUCUUUCAUCUCUUAACGAACUUCGCUCACAAGUACCAAUCCCCCCUAAUUUCAUUCCACAGUCUGUUGUCAAAUAUGAUCGGCAGGCAGCUGUCAAACCAUAUGUACCAAAAACAAGAGAGGUCACCCCAAUGCAACAUGUAUCAUCGAAACCAUCACUUGCUUUUGGGAGAAGACUGGAAGAUUUGGCGACAAUUGAGGCCGAUGGCAAACCAGAUGUCUUUGUUCCCAAAGUAGUCAAAGCCCUCGUGAACCAUUUGCGUCUUCAUGGAAUGGACAAGGAAGGGCUGUUCAGAAAGUCGCCCUCUAGUAAAGAACUACGUGUAGUAAAGGAAGCCUUCAACCGUGGUGAAUCUGUAGACUUGUCUCAGUGUGGAAUAGAGGUUGCUGCUUCACUACUCAAAGUGUUUAUUAGAGAAUUACCAGAGCCUUUGAUAUCCAUUGAUACAGUGCAAGAGAUUGGAUUCAUUCCAGAUACAGAAUCUUAUUCGACCGAGCAAAUCGAAUUGGUCAAAGCAAAGAUAGAGCCGAUAUACAUCAAAAAACCCUAUGAGGCCGCUCUCUUAAAAUACCUCCUGGCCUUUUUAAGAGAGGUUUCCGAGAAUUCAGACAAGAACCUGAUGACUGUUCACAACCUCGCUGUCGUGUUUACGCCCAAUCUGAUUCGAGUCACCGAAAAUAAUAAGGAACACUCAGAAAUUGAUGCAGCUGAGGUUGAGGAGAUGGUUUCUGUAAAUGCAGGACUUUACUUGCAUCAAAUGAACCAAGGGAUUGGCUUGGUGCGGCUUUUGAUUACUGAGCGGGAUCGUCCAUUUGGUGUGUCUUCCAAAUAGCGUUAUCCGUAUAUGACUUUUGUGUGUGUGUAUAUGUAUGUGUGUGUGUAUUGUUCAUACCGCGUUUAUUUCCUUGCCCAGAUCAAGCGGAAAUAUGUUUAUUACCUAUCCAAUAACCAACGCAAACUCUGUUGCUUAUACCCAUGCCACAUCUAUUAUUAUUAUUAUUUUAAAAAAUUUUAGAGAUCGCGAUAAGCAUAUUUUUCAACCUAAAGUCUAAUUUUUUUUUCUUAAAAAAAUUCACUUAAUUCUUUUCUCUC